AUGAUUACCUGGGGGCUCCUGUUUCUGCUCUGGCCUGUGGCCACAGCCACCGAGGCCUGCCCAAGGCCCUGUACCUGCCAGGCCUUGGAAACCAUGGGGUUAAAGGUGAACUGUGAGGGGCAGGGCCUCACAGCCCUGCCUGUGCUGCCAGCUCACACUCGCCAGCUCCUACUGGCUAACAAUAGCCUACGUUCAGUGCCACCAGGUGCCUUUGACCACAUGCCUCAGCUGUGGAACCUUGAUGUGACACACAACCCCUGGCACUGUGAUUGCAGCCUCACCUACUUGCGCCUCUGGCUUGAGGACCGUAUGCCUGAGGCCCUGAAACAUGUGCACUGUGCCAGCCCUAGCUUGGCCACCAAGCGUCCACUGAGUCAGCUGACAGGCUAUGAACUGGGCAACUGUGGCUGGAAGCUGCCACCAUCAUGGGCCUAUUCAGGAAUCUGGUGGGAUGUGGCACUAGUAGCUGUGGCUGUGCUGGGCCUAGUUCUUCUGGCUAGCCUGUUGAACACAUUCAAAGAGCCCCUGAAUUGA